AUGGCGAGGCUACUAGCAGAUUCCAAUAUUACUUGGAUAGCGCUAGCACCGAAAUUUGUGGGCGCAAAGGAGAUAAAGGACCUUAGACCAAUCAGUAUGGUUGGAUGCAUCUAUAAGGUGAUAUCAAAAGUGUUGACAAGGAGAAUGAGAAGCAUAAUGCUAGGCUUAGUAAGGGAAUCACAGAGUGCUUUUGCUAAGGACAGGAGAAUACAUGAUGGGGCGUUAAUAGCAUGUGAAACUAAAAGAUGGGGUUCGGGAGAAGAUGGAGGGCAUGGGUUGGAGAAUGUAUCAGAUCAGCAUCUAUCUCCAUAUUGGAUGAUUGGGAAGGCAGUUAGAAGUGGGAGAAUAUCCCCUCUUUUAGUUGGUAGGGAUACUAUAGAGUUGUCACACCUACAAUUUGCUGAUGACACUAUAUUGUUCUAUCCACCAGAGGUGGAGACAUUUCGAAAUUAUAAGAGACUUUUGCGGUGUUUUGAAGUUAUUUCCGGGUUGAGCAUUAACUUUGAAAAAUCCAGUUUGAUACCGGUAAAUUGCAAUCAAGAGUGGGUUGAUCGAAUGUGCGAACUAGUAGGGUGCCGGGCAACAACUCUGCCAGUGAAGUACUUGGGAAUUAAUCUUGGAGCAAACCCAAGAAUGGUAAAAGCAUGGAAGCCGGUAAUUGAUAAGGUGGAGGAGAAACUUAGUUUGUGGAAAGCAAAGGUUCUCAGUAAAGUAGGGAAGUUGGUCCUCAUCAAGUCAGUAAUCAAUAGUCUACCAAUUUAUUAUCUCAGCCUUUAUAAAAAGCCAGCGGCGGUGGCGAAAAAACUAAUUUCACUACAGUGGAGGUUCUUUUGGGGAAAGGAGGAUGGAAGACCUGGAUUGACUCUUGUAAAGUGGAAAAUGAUACAGGCACCAAAGAAACUAGGAUGA